AUGGUGGUUUCUAUCAAACAACAAAUUCUUCUCGUCCUAUCAUUAUUGAUCAUGAUGUUUAGUUUACUUGCUGGAGUGGUGAAUGGUCAACUCUAUGCAAAUAGUAUCAUGUUUUCAAAAGUCGUACAUCCAAAAUCUUCAAUAGAAAAAGAACAAUUAAUGAUCAUUGUUGGAGAAGUGACUGAUACAACAGUAAGAAUUCUAUAUGAAUGGGCUCCGCUAUAUUCCGUCAAAGAUGUUUCACCUGAUUUAGAUGACUUGAAUCUUUAUUUAGAUGUAAAGAAAAGAAUUGACAGCAUCCUAGGUUCAAAAAAUGUUAAAAUGUACAAAAACACAAAGAACGAUUUUGAGUUUAUUUAUUUAAUGAUGACAGAGCAAGAGAGAUUGGAAUGGACUAGAAAGCAUACAAGCCAAUGGAAAAUUGUUUUGAGAAAGACAGAAACAAGAACUGUGGUAAAUGGAAAGGAUAUUAUUGGACAAGUCGUAGAAAUUAGAGACAGAGAAGGACCUAAAGUUUUGCAAUUUGAUUCUCUCACGCCCAAUACUUGCUACACUGUAGAAUUUGUGCGACUAGAUGGAAACAUUGAAGAUAAUGAAGAAUAUGCGACAUUUUGCACAGUGUCCACAGAUCCAUUUUCUCUUACUUCAAAUAUUAGGAUUAGUGCAAUGAGUUGUAAUCGAUUAUUUGAAGACCACGAUACAACCACCUACGAUGAAUUCUUCAUUGAGCAUCAGGAUAGUUUGUGGGAUUUUGUAAUUCACAUGGGAGAUCAAGUGUAUGCAGAUUGGGUCUAUCAUGAGUAUUUCAAAAAGAUUAAUCCACAAGCUUCUUUUGACGAUUUGCUGAAUGCAUUUAGAUACGUGUACCGAAAUACAUGGAAAAUUCAUGCUGUUCAACGAAUGUUAAGACAUGGUUCUCAUUUAAUGAUUCCGGACGAUCAUGAUAUCAUUAACAAUUUGGAUUCUUGGAUGCUCACUAAGGAAUCUGAUGAAGCUAUGAAAAGAAUGGUUUUAGCUGGAAAGGAAGCAUUCUACGAAUAUCAAUAUCAGCUUUUAAAAGAUGUAUUAAUUGGCUCUAAAAAACAAGAACUUGUGAGCAAUAGUUCUGUUUACUACUUUAGAGAUCUUGGAUUUGCAUGUCUUGCUUUGUUGGAUCUUCGAUUUGAAAGGACCUUUAACAAUGAUCCAGAAAGUCCACUAUUUGGAACCAAACAACUCAAUGACCUGAAACAAUUUCUCAGUCGGUGCAUGAACAAUGAGAAUAGGUCAAUCAAAAUCAAGAGAGCCCUUAUUUUCACGUCCAUUCCACUUCUUUUCUUUGGAGAGGGGUUUUCUAAAGUUAUCUACACUGCAGAGCGAGAAAGAUAUUCGACUCAUCAAGAUUUCAAGCAGGAUGUGACUAAAUUUCUCGAUUAUUUAGACAACACCUAUGGAACUUAUCGAAUUGUGUUUGUGGCAGGAGAUAUCCAUCAAUUUUUAAUGACACGCAUCUGUAAAUCCCAAGAACAUUGCUUUGAGCAAAUGAUUACAAGCGGAAUGACUAUACAGUCCACUGUGGGUGCAGAGCUCAAAAUAAUAUUUGCCAAUCUGAUAGACAGAUUCUUUUUUUCAGCUCCAUCUUUGGGAGAUUGGCAAUUAUUACGAAAAACCAAUUUAGAGGAUAUUUCUACCCUUCAACAUUCUAUUAGAAGAAAUUAUGGAAUUAUUGAAAUGAAGCCAGAUGGAAAUGUUGCAUUCAUGAGAGGAGUACAAUCAAAAUAUGCCAGCAGAAGAGAAAUUUAUGUUCAAGACUACAUGUUUGACCGUGGAUCUAUUUACUUAAUUUUAACACUAUUUUUCCUCUCAGGAAUUGUAUUUCCAAUUUCAAUGACUGUUUUUAUAUUCAGAAUUAUAAGAUUCUUGUUUGUAUGGUGUUGGAAAAAACAGAAAAAGGAAUAG